AUGCCAGCCUCUGACAUGAGCAACGAGGAUUACAAUGAGCGUUCAGCUCUUCGGACAGAGACUCUACGUCGCUUAAAGUCUCAGUUAGAAGAAAAUCUUCCCGACGAACAAGUCACGUCGUCAUUUUGGGCAUUCUGCCAGGUGGCUGAUAUCACUAAACUGGACAACUUGGCGACUAGCCUAAGCAACCCUGGGAUGCAGGGGGCAGCAGGAUUUAUCAUAAAUGGUUGCCAGGACGCUAUUGCAAGAUGGCUCCUAAGCUUGAGUAUCCGAGUGGACAAACCCGACGAAAAGACUCUAGUACUUGAAUUCCAUUGGCAAAGGGAGAUGGAAUGGGAGGGAAAUGUGGAUCUAAUGAACGAGCCCAAAUCUAGUCGGGGCCUCGAUUCAUAUAAAAACGGAGGACCUUUACUUAGGAUUCCAUCGGGGGUCAAGGGACAAUCCAAGAUAAUCAGAUCUGGUGAUUCUAUCACUAUGACCACCCCUGACCCAGAAAAACUCCCAUUGCCGACUUGGGAUUUGCUGGAAAUGCAGUGGUAUCUUCAAAGGGUUGCGGCAAUGAGUGGAGUUGCUGGAGAUGAUGAGGGUUUCUACCACGACGAGGACAACGUUGAGAUCUGGUUACGCGAUGUCCCUGAUGGAAGUGCCGUGGAUGAUCUCAAACUGUGA